UUCUCUCUCGCCGCUCCCUUCCUUCCUCCUGUAACUGAACAGUGAAAAUCCACGUUGCGGAGCCGCUAACAGGCACAGAUGUCAUGUGAAAGCGCACAUGCUCUGCCAUCCACACCGCCUUUCUUUCUUCCCUCUCUGUUUCCUUUUUUCCCCCUUGCUCCUUCUCCCUCUUCUUUGUAACUAACAAAACCACCACCAACUCCUCCUCCUCCUCCUCCUGCUGCUGCCGCCGCCGCUGCCGCUGCCCUUCCUCCUCCUCCUCAGUCCAAGUGAUCACAAAAGAAAUCUUCGGAGCCGGAGGCGGUGGCAUUUUUAAAAAGCAAGCACAUUGGAGAGAAAGAGAAAAAGAAAAACAAAAAGCAAAACAAAACCCAGGCACCGGGGCCAGCCAGAACGGUUUUUUUUUUUUUCCCAGCCUUCCUGAAAAAACAAACAAACAAACAAACAAACAUCAACACAGUCACCGUCAACAACACCAAACUGUUAACAUAGCGGCGGCAAACGUCACCCUGCGGCCACGGCGUCUGCCUAAAGGGAUGGUUUUCUCGGCAGAGCAGCUCUCCACCGACCGCCGUCCUCACUCGUGCUGAGCGGGAUUUUUGGACUCUCCGGGAUCCGGGCUGGGAGCAGCUUCAUGACUGCGCGGAGCGGGAGAGCGGCCACACCAUGCGAGCACAAAUUGAAGUGAUACCAUGCAAAAUUUGUGGCGAUAAGUCCUCUGGGAUCCACUACGGAGUCAUCACGUGUGAAGGCUGCAAGGGAUUCUUUAGGAGGAGCCAGCAGAACAAUGCCUCUUAUUCCUGCCCAAGGCAGAGAAACUGUUUAAUUGACAGAACCAACAGAAACCGUUGCCAACACUGCCGACUGCAAAAGUGUCUUGCCCUAGGAAUGUCGAGAGAUGCUGUGAAGUUUGGGAGGAUGUCCAAGAAGCAAAGGGACAGCCUGUACGCCGAGGUGCAGAAGCACCAGCAGCGGCUGCAGGAACAGCGGCAGCAGCAGAGCGGGGAGGCGGAAGCCCUCGCCAGGGUGUACAGCACCAGCAUCAGCAACAGCCUGAGCAACCUGAACAACGAGACCAGCGGCACUUACGCCAACGGGCACGUCAUCGACCUGCCCAAGUCCGAGGGUUAUUACAACGUCGACUCCGGUCAGCCGUCCCCUGAUCAGUCAGGACUUGACAUGACUGGAAUCAAACAGAUAAAGCAAGAACCUAUCUAUGACCUCACCUCCGUACCCAACUUGUUUACCUAUAGCUCUUUCAACAAUGGGCAGUUAGCCCCAGGGAUAACAAUGACUGAAAUUGAUCGAAUUGCACAGAACAUCAUCAAGUCCCAUUUGGAGACGUGUCAGUACACCAUGGAAGAGCUGCACCAGCUGGCGUGGCAGACCCACACCUAUGAAGAAAUUAAAGCAUAUCAAAGCAAGUCCAGGGAAGCGCUGUGGCAGCAGUGUGCCAUCCAGAUCACUCACGCCAUCCAGUACGUGGUGGAGUUUGCAAAGCGGAUAACAGGCUUCAUGGAGCUCUGUCAAAAUGAUCAAAUUCUACUUCUGAAGUCAGGUUGCUUGGAAGUGGUUUUAGUGAGAAUGUGCCGUGCCUUCAACCCAUUAAACAACACUGUUCUGUUUGAAGGAAAAUAUGGAGGAAUGCAAAUGUUCAAAGCCUUAGGUUCUGAUGACCUAGUGAAUGAAGCAUUUGACUUUGCAAAGAAUUUGUGUUCCUUGCAGCUGACAGAGGAAGAGAUUGCUUUGUUCUCAUCUGCUGUUCUGAUAUCUCCAGACCGAGCCUGGCUGAUAGAACCAAGGAAAGUCCAGAAGCUUCAGGAAAAAAUAUAUUUUGCACUUCAACAUGUGAUUCAGAAGAAUCACCUGGAUGACGAGACCUUGGCAAAGUUAAUAGCCAAGAUACCAACCAUCACAGCAGUUUGCAACUUGCACGGGGAGAAGCUGCAGGUAUUUAAGCAAUCUCAUCCAGACAUAGUGAAUACACUGUUUCCUCCGUUAUACAAGGAGCUCUUUAAUCCUGACUGUGCCACAGUCUGCAAAUGAAGGGGACGAGAGAACUAUCUCAUAGUCAUGGAAUGCAUCACCAUUAAGACAAAAGCAAUGUGUUCAUGAAGACUUAAGGAAAAUGUCACUACUGCAACAUUAGGAAUGUCCUGCACUUAAUAGAAUUAUUUUUCACCGCUACAGUUUGAAGAAUGUAAAUAUGCACCUGAGUGGGGCUCUUUUAUUUGUUGGUUUGUUUUUGAAAUGACCAUAAAUAUACAAAUAUAGGACACUGGGUGUUAUCCUUUUUUUUUUAUUUUUUCGGGUAUGUUUUGGGAGACAACUGUUUAUAGAAUUUUAUUGUAGAUAUAUACGAGAACAGAGCGGUACUUUACAUGAUUACUUUUCCUGUUGAUUGUUCAAAUAUAAUUUAAGAAAAUUCCACUUAAUAGGCUUACCUAUUUCUAUGUUUUUAGAUAGUUGAUGCAUGUGUAAAUUUGUAGCUGUCUUGGGAAGUACUGUGCAUGUAUGUAAUAAGUAUAUAAUAUGGGAGAUAUUAUAUAUGACUAUUACUUAUACAUGCACAUGCACUGUGGCUUAAAUACCAUACCUACUAGCAAUGGAGGUUCAGUCAGGCUCUCUCAUAUUAUUUCCCUUCUGUGUUAUAUGUUACCUUUAUGUUAGACAAUCAGGAUUUUAUUUUCCCAGCCAGAGUUUUCAUCUAUAGUCAACAGCAGGAUGGUACCAAUUCAGAAAUAAGCCUACAAAGGAAAAACUGUAAUGCACAGCCUCUGUGUAAACUCUAUUUCUGUCAGUGACAUCAAAGCCUUGUCAAGAUGGUACAUCAUGGCGGGGAAGUAUUUGUAGCCAUUUUCCUGUUUCAAGAAUUAGGCCGCAGAUAAUACUGUAAGGUCCGUGACUUUUUUGACCAAACAAUAGAUAUUUCCCAUUUUUCACCAGAACAUAUAAAACACUUUUUUCCUUUGGAUUUCCAAGUAUGACAAAAAACUUGAUUUUGGUGCUUAUUGUGUCUUCAACUGAAAAAUAUAGUCUGUGGAUUAUGACCACCAGCAAUUUUUUCUAGAAAAAUGAAAGAAGCAGAUCAGAAGCCAGGGUCCCAAUGCCAUUUCAUGUCAACAUUUUCUCUCCAAUCAUUGUUUUGGCAAAGAAGAGAUAGAAAGAGAAGAUACAAAGUAGAUAAAUAAUUCUUUAUAUUUCUUCUCUUUAAUACAUUUGUUAUAAAAAGUGAUGAUGAUAAAGGGGAAGGGAGGACUUUUUAUGUCCUUCUAGUCUGGGGCCUCUAAUUUGUUUUUUUAACUCCAAAGUGCUAUAUUAUAAAAUGAUAGCAAAAACUUAACAGAUAAGGAAAAAAAUAUCUGUAUUAUUCUAUGGAACUAAUAUUCCCCAAAACCAAAACUAAUUCCUAUGCAGUUUGAAAUUACAUCAUCCAUCUACCCUAAGAUUGUUUUUUAGCAACUUUUAAAAGCACAGAAUUAUAAGGAUGACAUUGUGGUCAUAGAUUUUAGACUGCCUUGUACAAGUUCUCACUUCUCCACCAGCUUUUAGGCCUCCACCUGCUCUGUGAUAAAAAUCAAUCAUCAGAAAAGCAUAAAUACCAAGGCUUUUAUUCUGCCUACAUCCUGGAGCCCUAUGCCUUUGGUAUUAUCUGAUGCAAAAUAAGACCUUUUUUAUAAAGAAGGAAGCUAGGGGAGAAAUUUGUGUGUAAGACAAUGAAAAUUAUGAUCUCUUGUUAAGUGUAGCCCAGCCAACAGUUCAUAAAGACCUGUCCUUCUCUGCUUGUCAAACACAUGCAUACACACACACACACACACACACACACACACACACACACACACACACCUGCUUUGUAAAGUUUCCAUCAGUGGAAAACUUUUGAUUUUUUUUUCUCAUCUCUUAUGCUCUCCUGAAGCUCAUUGUUGAGAGCCAUGUCCAAGAUGCUUCAGAACUCCUGACUGAUGAUCAAAACAGCAGCGUUAGUCUUUUCCUUUUAGAAAAUGGAGAUUUUUUCUCACCUCAUGAUUGAUGAAUUCCAAACCAAUGGGGAAAAACAAAAAGGCUUUAAAAUAAUGAAUCUCUUUCUCAACUACUGUUAUAUUCAAUUAAUUUAACUACAUUGAACCAAAUUACCUUUGGUUCUAAGAAGACAGCUGUAGACUGCUUAUUAUGCUGCUACAGGGACUCAAUUCUUUUUGGUGUAAAUGUCACUCCUGCUAGCUCUUUGUAUAAAGAAUUAAUUCCAAGAGUCAUAUUUCCUUCUAAUGGAAAGAUUACUUUACUGAUUGCUAGGAAAACAGGGUAAUGGAAGGCACUCAAUUAAAGCAAGCCAUUUCCAAAUGCAAUGUAUGUUUUAUGAUUGGCUUGUGAUAGGCGAUGCUUAAUGUGUCUACUUGGUGUUUCCCUUUGAGCUUUGAACUUAUGUCAAACUUUGUUUUCAUUGUUCUGUUGGCCUAGUGUUUUCCAUUGUCAGCCUGUAAUUCCUGCUCAGUUGCAAAGGGAAUCAUUUGUUUCCUCCAAUUUACCUUGGAGGAUUUAAAUUGGCUCAAUUGAUGAAGUGGCUGAGAAUUUUUUCCUCCUUUGUCCCAUGGGUGAUGUAGGAAAAAGAUUGUUCCCCACAUUUGCCUGGGGAGGUACUGGUUUUGAAUUUGUGUCGUUUCCACUAGUGCAAGCAUUUCAUUGGGACGACAUAAACUUUUUGAAGCUUGGGGACAGGAAACAGAGCUGGCAACUGAACCAGAACAAAACAAUGGAAACCAGUAUAAACUCAGCCCACUUCAGCUGAGAGAAGAGAUUGAGAUUGAGAGAUUUCUAGUUUGGGCCACAGUUGCCAAAUCUCCUCUUAAAAGAGAAUCAAGUCAUGUUUGCAAUGGUAGCAAAGCCUUAAGAGGCUGCCCUUUAAACAUGUCCUAAUGCUAUUAUACCUGUCAAGGUAUUUAGAAAUUUUGGUGAAAACAACUUUCUUUACAUGCAAUCCCUAGCACUUUGUCCCUUCCCCAUGAGGACUAAAAAAUGUUCACAACACACUCAUGAUAAAAUGUGCACUGGAAGAAAAAAAUUCAUGAUCUGUACUUUUCACUUCAUGCUUUGUAAUGACAAUCACUGCUUGAUGCAGAUGUUGCACUGUAUCCACUCAGGGAUGUUUUCAUUUGAGAAAAAAAAAAAGGUACAUCAAGAAGUAGGAAAAAACUAAAAAAAAAAAAAAAAAAAAAAGAAAAAAAAAAAAAAAAAAAAAAAAAAAAAACAGGAAAAUGACAACAAAAUAUAAAUAGGAUAAAUUAAGUAUGCCAAUGAGAGAACCUCUCUGACAAGGCUUUCAGACCAACAAGCGGUAACUUCAUGUUGUAAACUGAAUUUCCUUUUAUUAUUUGGACUUGCUGAAAAGUUGCACAUGAGUGAAGACAACUUAGCCUCAUUUUCUAAAAUCUGCUAAGAGCCAAAUAAUCCAGCUGCCCCAUUCAUAGGAAUACUUAUCCCUCAGCAAAUCCAAGCUUCCUAUACAAAUCCUGAGCAAGGAAGAGACAGAAAUCUCACUGUCGUUAGAUGGAAUUGACAAGGGAAUGAAGCUGUGUGAACGCAAACUCCAAUGUACCUGUGAUCUGUAAAAGAAAGGGAAAUUUGGGAGGGCAAAUAGGAGAAUAAGGGACUCCAAAUCUGGUCUGACAUCCCCCAUAUACCCCUACUGCCCAGGACUCAGUGCAUCUUUGUGUUCUUUUUUCUGUGGCCCUUUUAUCUCCAAAGACUGAAAGCUGAGGGUGGAGAUGUAUUCUACAAACAAUACCCUUUCUAAAUUUCCCUUGUUUGAACAACGCCUUCAGGGCUGUGAGCUAAAGGACCUACGAGUAGGUAAAAACAGAGAAUAAAAUGGUCUGUUGAGUGAUUAUAUUUCUGUGGCAGAAUCUAAGAGACCCCUAAAUCAUAAUGAACUCUGCACACUAACAAGAGUUGCCAGGGAGGCCUCAGUGCAUUUCCUGUCAUAGCUGCCUUGUGCAACUUGCAACUCUAUAGCAGUCAUGCUAACUGUAGGAAACCAUACAGAUCAACUCACCCUCACUCUAUCUACAAUGCUGUGGGUACCAGACUUGAAUGCAAAAAAAAAAAAACAAAAACAGUACUUAGGUCCCAAAGACAACCCAAAAUUCAACAGCUUAUUUUUCCUAAAAAUUUCAAUGAGAUGCAAAUAAUGUCAGUGCUGUUCUAUGUUCUUUCUUUCUGAUUGUUACAGAAGCAAGGAAAAUUUCUAUUAGAUAUUAGAAGAAAUAAUUUCUUCCUGGCUCUUUUUUCUUUGUAAACAUUUGUUUCCAAUGAGGUUACUACAAUUGGCACUAAAUUCAGGCCAUGGACAUCUGUGCCCUGAUAGAACCACCGUGCAAUAGAACAACAAUAACUUUAAAGUGUGUAUCCGUAGUGAAACUUCGCUCAAAAUCCCCUGUUAGAAAGAGGGGGGAAAUGCCCCUCAUUUGCGUUAAACAAAGCACUGUUUGAUAUUCUAACUGCUGGUAUAAGUAGCAAUUAGAAUAAAGGCCUGAUGUGGGAAACCAUGGGAAUCUUUCAAAAAAGAGCUGACACUCUAUUUUGGGGGGGUCUCAGGACCAGAGUUAGAUGUCCAUUUAAAGCAGGGGUUGAAAAUUCCAAAGCCUAAAAGGGCCAGGGAGUCAAUGCAAAUGAGUUGAACAGCCCAGUGGCAAGUUAGCUAGGAAAUGUCCCAUCUAAAAGGGGACAUUCCCUAUUCAGCUGAAGUUGAGUGUUGCUAGAGCUUCUAAAUUUUAUAAAAUCUCUCAAGUUGUAAAUGAUGGCAGUUGAUUCAGACCUUAGGAAAGACCAAAGUCCCUGGGCAGAAGAGGGCUCACAGGCCACUAGCUUGCAACUUCUGGUUUAAAGUAAAAUCACUACUAAGGCCCUGUUCAGCUGGAGCAGGUCUGGUCAGAUUCAACCCUGGAUGAUAUUAGAACAAUAUUAGUGUUUUGGCCGGAGGGGGUAGAGAUCUUGCCCUUCUGAUAUUCAAUUUGGUUUCCAUAUUUGGACUAUCACUACUAGAGGACAUAGUUAGAGGUCAGUUUUAAAAAAAAUCGCAGUCUAAAAAUGGUAACAAUUCAAUUUAAUGAUGGUUUAUAAAAGACACUUCAAUUUGUCUUGCACAAACUCCCACCUUCACAGCGUUCGGGGGGCUAGAUUUCUUGCCACUUUUUUCUGAAAGUCAAAUGCACGGUUUUUUUUAUGCUUUGGGGUCGUAACGUGUUUCUUUAACUGUGUGACUUGGGUACCUGCAACAAGUUUUCGUUUUCGCUUAGUCAUAUGUGAAGAAUUGACUCUAUAGUCGUGCUAAUGCAGUCCUCCGCUGUGCCCAAGUGCAGACCACGGAUUCCUAUGCAGCAGACGGGGUUGUCUGUUUGUGCACUUUUUUUCCUAAGCUGCUGAAAUUCCUCUGAAGCGAAUUGGCCAUAGUAAUCUUUGCCUCCUGCGCGACUGCCUCCAGGGGAUCAGAGAAGGCAGCUCAGUGAUUGUUCUCACAGCCAAAAAUAAAGCACAAGGGUUACUGGAAUUGCAUGAGCCCGGUUCAGGGAAGCGCAGGGUGUCUGCACCCCAGCUGGGCGGCACUAUCCUUGUUUUCAACUCUACCGUUCUGGCCUUGGCUGGUGGCAAGCAUUUGUCAGCCUCUGUCACAGCCAUAUGUAGACACACAUUAGGUAUGUCUGAAAAGCUACAAAUCCCACAUCCAAGCACAGUACCGUCUGCUUCAUCUGAUUAACACACACACACAAGAAAGAAAAACUACACCCGCAGAAAAACUGAGUAUGUAUUGUAGAAAUGUAGAGGAAAAAUAAAAAUAUUUUUUCAAAUGUAAUUACUUUUAAUAUAUGCUUGUGGAAGGUCUAAUACAAUGUAUGCUGUCUCUGUAAUUUUUGCUGUAAAUAACUGGGGACAGUGAAUACACUGAUUUUUCUAUGUCUCUGUUUAAGCAUAAGACUUUGUAACAAUUUUUUUAGAGGGGGAAAAAAACCAACAAAGAGCAAAUAUGUACUUGCUUCCUUUCUGCGUGUUAUAUACUUCUCAGUUUUUAAAUGGAAACUGAUUGUAACAGUUUAAGCAUCCUGACGGGUCAUUGGUGUUAAGUGUAUGCUUCUUUUUGUAAUACAACUGAGAAAGGGACAGGGCUGUCAAUUAAAUCUGCUCCAAAGAAUUUGGAUUGAAGAUUGGCCUAAGACCUGCAAACGCUAUCUGAGCUAAACAAUA